UUUCUCUUUUUUAUCUUUUUCUUCACGUUCCAAUUUAUCGUAGUGUUUAACUUAGCAGAAAGUCACACAUCUCUCUCAGAUAUUGGAACCCAUGUUUUAAUUAUAUUCCAACAAUGAAAGUCCUUGAUGUUCACAAUCUUCAAUUGUCCGUGUUCUCCGUAAAAGUGUUUUCUUUAGGCUUUGGAAUUUCCAUUUUCUUGAUAAAUACCGGAGUCCGGUACUUGGGUCUCUUCUUUUUUUUUUUUUUUUUUUUUGUCUUUUCCUUUUUUUCCUUUCUUUGCUGUUAUGUUCUAUUGUUGGAUGUAGAAGUUUGAUCGCAAGUAGCUGAGAUCCUUCAGUGAAUUGAAAAAUCCUCGUGGUAGAGACCCAAUUCAUUCAUCUGUUAAGUAUUAGUUUGUAGUCUCCAUAAAAUUCCAUUCUCUGUCAAACUUUUGAUCCUGACCCUUCUGCAGAUUGUUAGAGUCUAAAUCCUCAAAUAAUAUCUUUGCUUGUUUUGUUUCGAUAGUUCCCAUUUUGUGAUUUUCUGUUGUUGUAGAUUGAUAUCCGUCAUUGUCUGAAUAUCAUUUGAUACUUUCUUGGAGGGAAGAUCAAAUUGUUGAAGUUACCACCAUCUUUAAACCCUUCUUGUGUGUUAUUUGUUAUUGUAAUUUAUGUGCUGUUGAAGUUCACAGGUACUAGCUUGUAAUUUAUGUGCUGUUGAAGCAUUGAAUUUGUUGUUGUUUUCAACAUCUGUAUCUUUCUGUUACUCAAUUUUCUAAACUCUGACACCCAUUUGAAAUUUCAGUAAUCUCAUCUUUGAAUUUCACAUACAUUUCCUGUAACUCAGAUUUACUUGAUUUUGAGUACCAUUCAGAACCCUCUCAUACUCUGAAUCUUAGUUUUAGUUUCCAAUAAACAAAAUUUCGUACGACUCAGAUAUCUGCCAUUUCUAGUGCCGAAUUGAGUUCCAAUCGAUUUCUUUCAUAAGGGACUUUUCUGCCUUAGUUACUUUGCUCUUUGCAUAUAAAACUCAUCCUUUGCAUCUAUCUUAGCCUCCUCAGACUGUAGGGCUCAAUGUCAAUCAUAUGUGGCCUCCCUCUCCUCGAGUGUGUUUAUUGUCUGGCAUGUGCCCGCUGGGCUUGGAAACGAUGUCUCCACACUGCAGGACAUGAUAGUGAGACUUGGGGCGUUGCCACAGCUGAAGAAUUUGAGCCUAUCCCUCGGCUUUGUCGCUACAUUCUAGCUGUAUAUGAAGAUGAUUUAAGGCACCCGCUUUGGGAACCUCCUGGUGGAUAUGGAAUUAACCCAGAUUGGUUAAUUCUGAGAAAAACUUAUGAAGAUACCCAAGGACAGGCCCCUCCCUAUAUGUUAUAUCUUGAUCAUUAUCAUCAAGAUAUAGUUCUAGCCUUUAGGGGUUUAAAUUUGGCAAAGGAGAGUGACUAUGCGGUUCUGUUGGAUAAUAAGCUGGGAAAGAGGAAGUUUGAUGGUGGCUAUGUUCACAAUGGGCUAUUGAAGGCUGCCGUAUGGGUUUUGGAUGCAGAGGCUGAGGUUUUGAAGGGAUUGGUGGAAAAGUAUCCAAAUUAUACUUUAACUUUCACUGGGCAUUCCCUUGGAUCAGGUGUGGCGGCUUUGUUGACAAUGGUGGUGGUGCAGAAUCAGGAUAAAUUGGGAAAUAUUGAAAGGAAGACGGUCAGGUGCUAUGCUAUUGCACCUGCCAGGUGUAUGUCACUAAAUUUGGCAGUCAGAUAUGCAGAUGUCAUCAAUUCUAUUGUGCUUCAGGAUGACUUCUUACCACGGACAGCCACACCCUUGGAAGACAUUUUCAAGUCACUUUUCUGUUUGCCAUGCCUAUUGUGCCUAAGAUGCAUGAGGGAUACCUGUAUACCUGAGGAGAAAAUGCUCAAAGAUCCAAGGAGGCUGUAUGCACCUGGUCGCCUUUACCACAUUAUUGAGAGAAAGCCUUUCAGGAUGGGAAGAUUCCCCCCUGUUGUGAGGACAGCAGUACCAGUAGAUGGGAGGUUCGAGCACAUAGUUCUUUCUUGUAAUGCCACUUCUGACCAUGCCAUCAUUUGGAUAGAGAGAGAAGCUCAAAGAGCACUGGAUUUAAUGAUAGAGAAAGAUCAGAUCAUGGAAAUUCCAGCAAAGCACAGAAUGGAGCGGCAGGAAACUUUAGCUAGGGAACACACUCAAGAGUACAAGGCUGCACUACAGAGGGCUGUUACACUGGCUGUGCCACAUGCUUAUUCUCCUUCACAGUAUGGAACUUUUGAUGAGCAGGAGGAAGGGGAGCACUCAGACAUAUCAGUUGGUGAAUCUUCUUUAGGUCCAUCUUACAAAAGUAAGAAGAAAGAAAGCUGGGAUGAAAUCAUCGAGCAUCUCUUUGAAAAGGAUGAGUCGGGUCACAUUGUGCCCGAGAAGUCGCAUCAGGAUGAUUGAAGAAGAAAUUGAAGUAAUUAUAUGAGAAAAUGACAAGUUUGUGGCCAAAAAGAAUUCAAUGCUAUUGCAUUGCAACAAUUCCAGAGUAUCAGCAUUAUCCGGGAUGCAACAUAUAUGCAACAUAAUACAAAGAACACAAAUUUCCUCCAAAUACAAAUAUGCGCGCUCCACCCUCCAAAUAUUGGAGUCCUUCAAAGUAUUAUGUAUUAUCAACAAUUUACCAUUUGAGAUAUGAAUGAUGAUCUUAUGUUGUCUUCUAUGAUGAACCUAGUGGGGAAAUGCUCAUCAAAGUACCCUUUUCAUUU